AUGGAGUCUAUGAAUCGAAAGAGGUUCCUCGAGCAGUACACCUACGCUGUUCAGAAUGAUUUCACAUCUCCUUCUGGAGAGCCCGCAGCCUGGACUCCAGGCCAUCCCAAACACUGGGGCCAAGAAAGGGCAAAAAUCCCACUAGGUGGAAAGGCAAGCUCGCUUGCCCUAAGCCCCGAUGAAAAACUUAUCGCCGUCGGGAUUGAGGAGGACAUCCAUGUGUUUGAUGUGACUACGCAGGAGCGUCUCGAGGUGUUGAGAGGACAUACGGAGACGGCGAGCAAGGUCCGAUUUUGUCCAAGCUUAAUAAUGAAUAAUAAAAGUGGUAAAGACGAGAAUCAAAAGACGACUCGUUAUAUUCUGGUAUCACAAAGUUCUCCUCAAGAAGGGCGUCUCGUUAUCCUAUGGGAGCUGGACGAACAUGGGAGGCUGGUGAGAAAAGGAAGAGAGAAGAAAAGCGUUACUGUCGACGCCCUAGCAGACAAAAUAUUGAAACCUCUAGUAACCGAAAUUACCGCAGACUACGGUUGGGAUCACGCUGAAAAAGCUAUCAGAGCCCUUGACCACGAAGUGAGAAAUACCCUUCGCAACGUCAUCAGAUUACACGAACAGGAAGACAAAAUAUGCUUCGAAGGCGAGCUGGCUUCUUUCGGUAGUCCCACCUUCAGUUCUGACGGUAAAUUCAUGAUCUAUCUCAGUAACAAUCAGACAACCCAACACGGAACUCGUGAAGCUGCAUCUCUCCCCUGCGUUAAUCUGUGGGAUGUUGAAACUAACUCCCUCCAGUACCAACUCCUCGGCCACACGGACUCGGUAAUGUGGGCUGCAAUGAGCCCAGACAGCAUGCUAGUCGCAUCCAUCGCGUGGGACGGUACAGCACGUAUUUGGGACGCCAGGUCGGGAGUCUGCUUCCAUGUCCUAGGCCCAUUUGGUGGCCAGCUCUGGAGCGGUGCCUUCUCCCCGUGUGGGAAGUAUCUUGCCAUCAGCCAGGGGAGUCCUAAGACUUAUAUUCAUGUUUAUGACAUUAGCACCGGACAUCCAGUCUCUCGCUUUGAAGGCUUUCGUCACUGGGCGCGUUCCCUGGCCUGGAGUCCCGAUGGGACCAUGAUAGCAGGCGGAGAAAGAGACGCAGAACUUCUCAUCUGGGAUCCAUAUACGGGGGAGGAGCGGAUGCGAUGGCGUCUGGGCUUUGAUAAUAACAUGAUGCGCCGCUUUGCGUAUAUUAGAGGGGUGCAAUUCGUGGAUGGUGGCCGAAAGCUGAUGUUUCAGAUACUAGAUGGAACAGUCGAGGUAUACGAUUUUCAAAGCAAUCUCAAGAAGCAGUUUACGAGGCGCGCGGAGGAUAAAAUAGACGAAUACCAUAUUCCACAGAUGGUUUGUUCGGAUUUGGGGCUUCUUGUCGUUCCGGAUGGUGAUGGAGUCCUAAGGCUUUGGGACGUCUAG